GACUCAGCCUCGGGAGUAGCGAGGGAGCACAGACACCAUCAUCAUCGUCCCCUUCUUCCCCUCUCCCUUGACUUCGUCCUCCUCCGACUCUCCCCCCCCCCUCGUCGUCUUCGGCGAUGCAUGCCAACGCCGCUGCUAGAUUCAAGGAGCGCGCGAUCGUAUUUUUGGAAGAGGGCGCUGAGGUUGCGCAUUUCUUUUCGUACCGCGCCUGCACACUCCUCCUCCUCCUCCUCGCGACGAUAAUGACAACAUCAGCAGCAGCUUGCGGGGGGAGAUUUUAGGGUCCCCCCGGCAUAGUAGCAGCCUCCUCAUCGUCAUCGUUCCUCCGCCCUCACCACUCCCGGUGUCUCCUCCUCCUCAUGUGUUGUCGUCUCCUCGUUUCCGUUUCUGUCACCACCCUCUCUCAUCGGCGUGCUCUGCCGCUUCUACGUACCCCCACCCUCCACCAGUGGAAGUAAGCAAGCAAGGAAGGAAUCGAGGAUGGUUACGGUGUUCGAUCGAGAGAGCUAGGGUCGCGAGUGAUCCGGUGUGAGUGACUCAGGAAACGGGCAAGGUUGGGGGCGUUGCGUGUGACCGCCUCAGCUCUCGUGUGCUUCAAGAGUGGCAGAUUUGGGAGGUUUUGGUUUGUGCGUGGAGAUCGAGCUUCGCGGAAUUCGAGCAUGUGGACGGCCGCGUGCUUGUUAUUUUUUUUCUUUUCUUUUCGCAUUGCGUGUUCUGAUAGAGAGUGUUGAGUGUGUUGACUUAGGAGUGUACGCUCAUGACGCGUUUUGGUGAGGAUCGGGAUAUACUGGGACGAGAGCCUGCUUUGGGUAGUAUAGGGGUUUGACGUUAGCGACGUGACGAUCUUGGUUUGAUUUGCGGCAGCUGUGCGGCGUUUGCCGGCAGCCUUCUAGUCAUCUCGACUUCUGUGAGGGUCACCGUUAAGUGGCGGGCUUGUUGCGGCGGAUCGCCGCAAACCUAGGACAAGAGGAGCGUGUUGGAGGCAUUUCUUCAUUCUGGUGGGCUAUGUGACUGAGCGUACCCACAGAUUCCAGCUGCACAAGUCCGUGGAGAUAACGUUUCAGGGAUUUCAGGGGUCGGCAUUUUUAGAAUGGGAGGAGGAUGUGGGAGCAGGGUCCUUCGAGAAGAGCCUUGGUGAUUUUGCAAAGGAAUGUUGCAUUGGAGCUCUUUUGAAGCGCAUAGAGAAGGGUUUCUUUUUCUUCCUACUUCGAGGGUGGGAACGAUUAGCCGACAUCAUCAGUUGACGCUUAUCUCGCAGAAGAUUUGCCAAUUCACGAUGGAGGACGACUCUAUGGACUCCGCGCCUUCUUCCUCUGAUUUUUCCACCAACAAUGUGUACAAUGCAAGGUUAGAAGAUAUACUACGAGGAUUCGCUAAGGAUCCCAAAGCUCUAGCUCAUAAACUUGGGGAUUUUACAGUGCGGACAUUAGUUGGGAUGAACGAGGAGGAGUACCAAAAAUUGUUUGAGUUGCUGCGAUCGGACUUGUCGGUAGCUGAUUUUUUCGCAAUCAAAGUGGCAGUUAGAGAGGCCAAGAAGCGGUUCAAUGCAGAGAGUACUUCCCCGCGCAGUGCGCACUCUACCCCGCGUGCAGGCAGUGCUUCAGGGGUAACACGCCCCACCGUCGAUAUAGCCUCCUCCAGCCGCGUCGAUGUCGAGAGACCUCUGCCCAGACUCCCAGAGCACGUGAUCCACAUGGUGCUCGCCCGUCUCCCCGUCCCCUCCUUCCUUCGAAUGCGAGCAGUUUGCAAAGACUGGUGGCACCUCAUGUACGCCACAAGCUUCCUGGAAAUCUGUUCGAAACGAUCCUCCGAGCGAUCAUGCUUCGUUUUCUACGAACGGGGGAAAAUGGUGGCCAACGGUGAGGGUGCUAUUUACAUCCCCUCAUCCAACAAGUGGCUCAAGCUGAGCCUAAGCUUCCUUCCUUGCAAUUUGAAGGAGCCUGUAUUAGUGACAGGCGGAGGCGGUUUGCUCUGCUUCGUCUGCAACAAAUCAGAGAGUGGUAGUGUGAUUGUGGUUUGCAAUCCAGUCACGAAAUCUUGGCGUGAGCUCCCUCCUCUGGAUGUGGAAGACCCAGAGGAUUUCAUGUGGUACUUAGCGAUGGUAAGCAUCGUCGUGGACGAGCAUUCCAAUAGCUACAAGGUUAUUUUAGUAAGUCAAACUAGCUACGAGCCAUACAAUGCCAGUUGGAGAACCCUAGUAUAUAGUAGUCUAACUAAGGAUUGGUCAAGGCCUCAUUCUCAUUACCUCGGUGCCGACGUCCACAACGAUACGUGUGAAAUGUGGACUCCUGUCGAGUGCAACGGCGUCCUCUUCGAGAAUUUCGGCACCGAGUAUGUCUGGACCUACGACUUGCUCAGAGGAACCUGGCGGCACAUUGAGCUACCGAUCCCUUCUGACUCCGCUGAGGAGAGAGGCCUGGUGGAAAUUCAUGGACAUCUCUUCCGGGUGCUGCAGACAGAAGACGACGACAUGAAGAAUAUCCAAAUCUGGGAGCUCAACCCCACCGACUUGUCGUGUUUGAAUGUGGAGUUCAUGCCGGUUGAGUUGGCGGUGACCUUUUUGGAUGUUUCCUUUACUGUGCUUGGGAUCCACAGCAUUGCUGGCAACGAUGCGCUCUGUUUUCUUUCGCUUAAAGGCCAAUCCGCCCUGCUCUAUGAUUUGAGUGAGAGGUCUUGGAAUUGGAUGCCGAAGUUCCCCUUAUUCAAAGGGUCGAAUAGUUGCUGUUUGAAUCUGAGGCUUGACAUCUCUGCUUGACGAUUGCCCAAGGCGUCUUGGAUAGCAGCGAUGGAGAGUAAGAUUAGAUCACCUUCGAUGCUGCUGUGGAGGCGACCUGUACAGCUGGAUGGGUGUCGUCAAAUUAACCUGUUUAACUUGACUGGUCAGUAUUGUGUAAAUUUAUGUUCCGAAUGUGGUGAUGCGCCUUAUUGUGUCAACUCAGAAAAAUUGUGAUUGAAGUGGAGAUCCUUUGCCAUUAGAAUGUUUAACAAUUAUACCGUUUUCAAAAGGUCAAAGUUUGCACUUA